GAUAUUUUAUAAGAAUGAUUUCGUCAUUCCUUUAUUUCUCCCUAAUGGUAAUUAUUAUGCUGGUCCUAUUUGAUAAAACCAACAUGCUGAUGGUACUUUCUAUUUUUUCAAUAAGUUUGAGUUUGAUCUGCGCUCAUAUCAGUAUUACUCGAGAGUUCGCUAUGAAGAAUUUGAGUGAUUUUGUCAAUUAUACACAAGGAGGAUCACAAAAUAUUAAUCAGACAACUCUCGAAAUUGGUCACCGUCAAGGUCGUACCUAUGGACACCUUGUGAGUUUCCUUCUAGCAACAUUUCUAACGAAAGCUGUAGCGAAAUAUGCAGCCUCAAGUUUACUACCACUAGCCUACCGACCAUUGCUAACCAACAAACCAGUAAACUAUCUCUCAUUCAACCAAAUCCACCAACCAAGUGAAGCCUGGAAACCAUCCAGUCCUUACCUUCAUGGUCUUACAGCUUUCGCUGCUGAAAGUUACCACAAUCAUUAUUCACCACCUGAUAAUUUCCAACCAGAUGAACCUCAUGAAACUGGAGUAGUUCAAAUACCACCAAGUAGUGGUGGUUUGCAGCAUGGCAAAUACCAUGAAGUUGUUACAACUAUUGAGAGUCCAGAUAUUGCAGAUCAAAGUACAUCACAAUCACAGUACAAUUAUAGAAGACAACUCCCUCCAAAUAGAUGGAAUUAUUACCCAAGAAGAGGAUAUCCACCACAGAGAAGAGAAAAUGAAAAUAGGCUUCCAAUUGACCACAGAUACCCAUACAAUCGUUUCAGAACUACAACUCCUUAUUAUGACUACUACGAUAACUAUGAUGAUUCCCCUAAAAGGCAGACACCUUACAAAACAAGAAGACCAAUUAGAAGAAGACCUACAACAGAAAACUACGACUAUCUUUAUGACAGUUCUGAAUACGGUGAUUCCUCAUUUGAAGAUUACAUCGAAAGAACAACAAGGUUCUACGAGAAGACGACCAAAUCUAAUAAAAGACAAAGAAAACCAAACAAAAAGACAAAAAUAAAGAAGCGAACUGAUUACAGUGACGAAGAUUUAAGUAGUGAAGAAUCUGUGGAGAAUCUCGAAUCUAAAGAAAAAGAAACACAAUCAAAGAGAGAAUUUAAACCUCAACAAAGACAGGCGACAACAACAACUACUACUCAGGCUUCCACCACAACAGAAACGACAGAAUCGACUACAACUGAAGAGUCAACUACAUCUAUGAGCACUACAAGUACAACUCCUAGUACAACAACUGCUCGAUCAAAUGCCACACAACCUACUGAUUAUGGACAAGGAGGAAACUACGACCACAUCAGUUUUACUUAUGGACCACCUGUAAUUCAUGAUGUGUAUAGUCCUCCUUACAAUGUUCAUCACCCUGGAUAUGGAUAUGGACCAUCGAAUGAUGAAGGAAUUAGUAUCACACAAAAUCCUUCACGUUUUCCUUUAUUCUACCACAACUUUCCAUAUAAUAAUCUAUUUCCUCAAGAUCUUACCAAAAAUGCUAUCGUUCAGAAAGUCCACGAUAUUGUAGGUUUUGAACAUGAUUUCAUUCAUAGGGAAUGACUUCAAUUUCCAAGUAAAUGUUAUCGAGUACUUAGAAAUUAAGCAUAAAUUAAAAGUUGCGCAAUACUUCACAACCUAUAUGGGAAAUAUUUUGUAUGAUUCUAUUAUUUUCUAAUUCAUAAUAAAAUUGAAGUUUGUCAGAUUGAAAUGUUCAUCUGAUUGAAUAUUAUACAUUUACCUAAUGGAUAUUCAGAAAUA